GCCCGGCGGCGGCGGAAGAGGAGUGGGGAGAGGCGGUGCUGGCUGCCGGGCGGGCACAUGGCGGCGGGCGGCGUGGCGGGCUUGCUGCAGUUCCUGAGGCUGGUGGGACAGCUCAAGAGAGUGCCGCGGACAGGAUGGGUGUACAGGAACGUGGAGAAGCCGGAGAGCGUGUCAGAUCAUAUGUACAGAAUGGCAGUGAUGGCUCUGAUGACCAAAGACAAAAGCCUUAACAAAGACAGAUGCAUACGAUUAGCUUUGGUUCACGAUAUGGCCGAAUGCAUCGUUGGAGAUAUCGCUCCUGCAGAUAAUAUCUCCAAAGAGGAGAAACACAGGAGAGAAGAGGCAGCUGUGCAACAACUGACCCAGCUUCUAUCAGAGGACCUCAGAAAAGAAAUCUGUGAACUUUGGGAACAGUCUCUCCAGGAAGUUCGCCACUUUUUCAGCUCACAAGAGGGCCCUAGAACUGAAGGGCCAGCCAAUGCUAUCCUCCUACACCCCAGACUUCCUUAUGCCCACAGUAACAAACGUCUACCCUUGCAAGCCUUGGAACGGAGAGUUACUUAAAAAAAGAAAUAGAUUGCUGGUACUCUGCUCCCGAUGGAGAGAGCUUGUCAAACUCACCUGUGAAUUCCAGCUCACUUUCAGCACUCAAGUUCUUGCCACGACACUCUCACAUCAAGUGACCCGACACUGCGUAGGGCUCAAAGGAACCAUGCAACACAGUUCCUGAUAAUACCUAUUUAAAGGACUCAGACCCUUGCUAUCUACAGAGACGUGCAACAUGCGACAGAGGAACAGAGAGCUACCUUCAUGUUCCUCACUCACAGAUGGUAAGUUCUGGCGUAGGUGAGGACAGUACACCUCAGGUUUGUGAACAUAAACAAAAUUGGUUCAAGGCAACCAAAAGAAGUUGGUAAAGGCAGCAAUUGCCUCCUUUUUUUGCAUGUACAAUGCAUAUAGUCCAACAGCCAGGCCAUGCCCCUCUUUGCAUAGCCUCCUGGGCAACAGGCUAUCUAAACAAGAGGUUUCUUCAACAGAGAGGCAACACCCACUGCUGCAGCAGUUCCUGUUUCCAUCUCUUUGGGACAUUUCACUCCUUCCUUCAAACCUCAACACUACCAAGUGUAGAAAGCUCUGUUCUCCAAAGCUCUCUCCAGCUCUAACAUUCUUUUCUUCCCUCCUCAGACUUCUCAGUAGCACAGGUAUGGGAGGGCUGACUGGCAGAGGGUGGAGUCUCUGUAUCACUCAGAGACCUACAAAUCCUCCUGCUCAUCUUUAAUCCAACAGAUAUCCUCCACCCUAGCCUCUUGGCUCAUAUCAGUCACCUUCUCCCACCUCAUCCAAAGUCAACUCUGCUAUCAUAACUUUUCAUAUUCCCUAUUGCUGAGAAGCAUCACACCUGUUUUGAUUAUGUUCCCUUACUUAUUUGCAAUAUAAGUACUGUCCAUAACUACAUUCGAGUUAAUUGCAUGCUGCAAAAGUAAGUAGUGUUUCAAAAGUUCAUGAAUGGCUACUUUCAGUGUUGACAGACAGCUGCAGCCUGGUCUGAUUAAAAACAGUAGGAGCUUUACUUUAAAGGACACUAAUAUUUGGCUGCCAUCAAGCAAAAUAUGUUUAUAGCAUUGAAAUAUGAAACAUUCACAUAAACAGCACGUGUUUGUUCCAAACUAUCAGUUUCCUUACACAAAUUCAAAGAGGCACUGUUUCCAUAUAUACACAGAAGUCAUUUUUUUCCAGAAUUAAAAAUUAGAAAUGGGGGGGGGGAGAGACCUGUCUGGCAAGAAGGUGGGUCAGAUCAGUCUUAGACGAACUGUUUUCUGUGUGUGCAUACCUUAAGGCUUCUGCUAAGCUGAGAUAGACAAGCAGUGACACCAAACACAAUAUAAGGUUUUCAUAUUCAAAUAGUGUACCGUUUUUAAGAUUUAGGAAAGACAAGUCCAAACUUUCACAAGUCCAGAUCUUUAACAAUCCUAGUUAAAUGAAACAAGCAUGCUUGCCAUGUUAGUCUUGUAACACAUGACAAACAGGCAGAAAAUAAAGAGUUUUAGACUAAUUCAGCAUAGGCUGCUCCUCUUCUGAUAGCAAAACAUACCGAAUAUGAAACUCUAAAUAAGAAGAUUACAUUGUGCCAAAUCAAAUUCACACAGCUGACAGAUGUUAUGUGACAGACAAUCUGACUAUUGAGUGCAUAUUUUACUGAGCUCAUCUUUUUAUUUUCUUUAAAGGGGAGAGGAUGCAAGCUAUAGCAACAGUAACAACAGCUUCCAAUAUUGUUCUAUUAGAAAAAGCUUACUUAAUGUUUUAGGCUUCAGGACACUUGUGUCUGCAGUGAUGAAAGACUUCACAGGUUCAGUGCAGAGGCAGAGAACAGAAAUCAUUCAUGCCAAAGGAUUGCUAGGUUUUACAGUUUUGUUUGAUGUCAGACUGAGAUAAGAAGUCAACUCAGGCCACAUUUUGAACGUUUUUUCAGUGAAGUAAGAGUUGAUGUUUGGACAACAUUUAGCUGAAUAGAACAACUUUCUUUAGCCACUCUGUGCAUUAAGGAUGCUACAAGGCCAGCCUGCUGAGGAUUCAGGGUUGCUCAGCCCCUUUGCUAGGUUAACUGACUAAAAGUCAGAUAGCUUAUAGAAUCUUUCAGUACACAUCAGAUAUUGCUUUAUCAUCAUCAUAUUUUUCAUUCUAUAUUGAAAUGUUCUACAGCAUUAGUAAGCUCAAGCUCUAAAGAGGGUAAAGAACCUCUUUUUAAUCAUUGUAAGAAUUUGUACUACCUUCGGAGACCUCUGUAAUACUCAAGACUUUUACAGAGUCACCCAGUAUCCUUCAUGACUGCUAUACUUCUACUUCAUUGAAGAGGUAGGAAUUAAAUUCUUUAUGUGACCUUUAUAAAUCUCUGCUCACUGAACAGAAUUUUUACUAAGUGCUGUUUAUGUUCCAACCUCUGGAUAGAAGGAGAUGGCUGAGAGAACAGAUUACAUAUAAAUAGGUUUUCCCAAGAGAAACUUCUUUUGAAUGCAUUCACUAUUUGAAUUUGAGACUAAUCUACUCAAGAGCAAGGCAAACACUCUAGCCACUUAUUCCAGUCCUUUUCUCGUUAGAAUCACCAUGCAGUAGAAAUGAGACAUUACAGUUUAAGUAGAAUAUAUUUUUAUCUUACAUACAAUGCCUAAAGGCAAGAGAUUACUGUGUUACAUUCCAUAAAACAAACCCUGUCAAGUAUAGAGGCAGUAUUUAAAAGCACUAUUUAAGAAGAGCAAUAUGUCUUACCCAAUUGAAUGCGAUCUAUGGUAGCCGCGAAAGGAAAGAAAAGUAAGAGUAUUAAGAAAAUGUAGCAAAAAAUAUACAUACAUAUCUGUAACAUGCCAAAGGAGAAAAAGAAAAUCAUUCGCAUUCAAAUUUUGACACUGGAAUUGACAUGAGAACAUGGAUCAGUUGAGAUUCCUUCAAGGCAAAAAUAUAACUUUUAAUAAUUUUUACACACUCCUUCUUACACACUUCUUACACACUUUAAUAAUUUUUACACACGCUACACAGAGUUAAUCUCAUAUUAUCUGUGCAACAAACAAUAGAAUUUUUGUGUCCUAAACUUUGUGUCCUCUUCAUUAGAUUACGUUUGAUCAAUGCUAACUGAUUUUUCUCCCCAAAUUGCACCUUAACCUCAUUCAAGAGGAAGUAUCAGCCAACUGGAAAUUCACAUGAGCAGCAAGUGUCUUUUUCCCCCUCUGGAUUUUUUAUCAUCUCUUAGUUCAGGAGGGCAUGGAAAAAAAUAAGAGCCUUUUAAUUCCUAAAAUGACAUUUUCUAAAAAACUGUUUUCUGUUGAAAAUAUUAUUUUCAACACUUUGACACUGUUUUUCAGCUCACGAGAAGGCAAUAGAAUUGAGAACUGAUAUACAAUACUCAAAGGAUGUCAUUAAGGUUCCAAAGUCAAGAAAUGAUGAUGGAGACAGCCUCUCCUCCAUCUGUUUAUUAUUGAUGUAGUCUUUAAUUACAGACCUCUUCUUCAAGGGAACACCUGCCUGAUGCAGUGAAACAAAUAGAUGGCGCACACUUAAUGAACAUCUCUUCAAUUUUUCACAUGAUUUUUUGAUGUGUGGUAUGAUGCAUUAUUUACAGCACAAUAUUUAUACCCUACUCUGAAAAAAAAUUGUUAAUUUUUUUCAGAGGCUAUUAUAUGGGGCUCAUCAUUACGUAUGUAGGUGCUUCACAAACAUAGAUUAUCUUCACAACACAUUUCUGUUUAGACCAGCUUACAGUAAUACUGUUGCCCGUUUUAGCCUCCUUUUACUACCAGCUGAUUCCCAGUACCAGCCAUCCCUUACUCCAUGCUAGCACCGAUAUUUGCAGAGCCGUAUGGUAAGCAAGAUUGGGAAUCUGUGUUACUGCAGAGCUCUACAAACCAGCACAACUGAAGGUGCAAGCGCCAGUAGAAAUAAGAGAAAGCAACUAGCUCACCUGUCAUCAGAAGAAAUGCUUAUGAAAUUCAAUUCUGAAACAAGACAGUAUCAUUAUUUCCUUUACAGAGGGUAUCAGAGAGACACACAGGUUUAAGAACGGGAGUUUUGGAUAUCUGACAGCUAUGAUUUCUCAAGGAAUUCAGCUCCCAGUGACUUCAGCAACAGCUGUGAGUGCUCAGAACAUCUCUAGAUCAUGGAAAGCAAAGAAAUGCAGGAGCAGAAGGCACAUCAAAAAUACAUUCCCACAGCACUAGAACAGAUUAAUUAUACUUGAGCCAUCUCCAACAGGCAUCUGCCUAACCUGCUUUUAAAAAAUUCCAAAGAGCUGUUUAUAUUUAAAUAAGUUAAGUCUUUGUUAGUUUAAUGACCUUUAAAUGUUUUUUCUUGUGCAGUAGUAGUAGUGUGUGUGGUAGCAUGUAUGUAGUGGUGUAGUGCAAGUAGUUUCCUUGAUUUUUAAAACCAAUUUUUAAAACUGAAGUAUUAGAAAUCCUCCACUUGGUUUCACAACUUUUCUAGAGGAGUCAUCAGCAUGGCUGAAGCUAUAAGAUCCAUAUAGACAGUUGUGGAAAAAUCCAGUAGUACCCCGCAAAAAUAUCCAAACUUUGCCAGUAUGCAAAAGAGCAAGAGGUAAAGGCCCCCAACCCCACAUCAGCUCUCUGCUCUACAUGGCAAGAGACAUAUUGCCACCACUAUCUGUGGCCAGUAGGGGAGUGGUAGGACUCAGAGAUCUUGGAUUCAGUCUGGCUCUAGAGAAGAACAUGCCCAAAUGGGCUUUCAACUUGAUCUCACCUAUCUCAACCCUCUAAAACUGUCCCAGUCCAUCCUCUUCUUUCUCCAUGGCUGCCUCCUGAUGCUUCUAUUGUCCUGGCUUGCUCUGUCCCCAAAACCCAGCCCUUUCCAUCCUGCUCUGUUCCAUAUGUUCAUUAUCAGUCUUCCCCUUCAUUCACAUAAUGCUGCUGUAAAGAGGGAAGGGGAAGAGAAACACACUUGUUUUUCUUGCAGAAAUCUCAGACCCUGUCCUCCACAUCUGAGUAACCAGAGCCCGUAUUACUCUCCUUUGAGUGACCUGGGACUCCCUUCUUCCCCUUUGCCUUCCCUUUCCAUAAAAAGAACAUGCCAGAACAAGUUAACAGAGAUAAUAUACAAAAAAAACAAAAACAAAAAACCCCCAAAAAACAACUGAUUUCAUGCUAUUAAUCGCAAAAGCUAUUAUCUUAAGUGUAUUACUAGUGCUUGGCUUGUAUCCAAAGCAAAAGUAUGUGUUUACUAGUUUUGUAUGCAUUUCUGAUAUUUCUAGUAACAUGAUAAAAUUAAAUAAAAUGCAUCACAUCUGUAAAGAUA